AUGAAGAGCUUCACACCUUCAAAGCUGAUCAUUGUUGUCUAUGUUGCUUUGUUUAUGGCAAAAUUUCCAGGAAACACAUAUUCAGCACCUAAACUAAUAGAAACAACAUGUAAAGCAACAUCUCACUAUGAUCUCUGUGUUAAGACUCUACAAUCGGACCCUGGAAGUUCGAGAGCUGACGUUAAAGGAUUGGCGAAUAUUGCAGCCAGGGGACUUUUUAAUCAAGGGAUGGCUACUUGGAAUAAAAUUUAUGAAAUGCUUCAGAAGACCAAAGAUCUAGAGUUGAAGAAGCCCUUCCUGACUUGCUUGAAAGCAUACUCCACCAUAACAGUUGAUGAUAUGAACCAAGCCUUUUCAAGUUUAACCAGAGGUAAUCCGAAAGAGGCCAUAAGUGGCUUCUCUGAUGUACUUAAACAGACAGAAAAAUGUGAAAAGAGCUUUAGAAAAUCACCAUUUACAAGUGACAAUAAGCUUGUUAAUGAUCUUGCAGAGGUGGUUAUAUCUAUUGCCAAAAAUUUCCUAUAA